UUUAACGCGGCCAACAUAACUCUUCUGUGCAUCAACAAUACACCAAACACUAUCUGUGUGUUAUUGAGUUAUAGUCGAUAUGUAUAUCAAAGUGAUUGGUCGCGUGAAUCUUGAAUAAAGAAAUUGUUAUCUAUUUUGUAUAAUUUUUUUGAUAAGGAAGAUGCGCCUCUAUAAAUAUCGGUUCCUGAAACGUUUCGAAUCAGUUUCGUUUAAAGUGCACUGUAGUGGUUUUUAUUGGAAUUGUGUCUACGGAAUUUGAUACUAAAAUGUGGAAGAACAGUUUCAAACUGCUCUCCAUAACAUUAUUGUUAUCAUCAAUAAUUGCUUCAAUCAGCGGAUAUCAAAUUGGUGUUGGUAUUGCUGAUUGUACAGGACCAGCUGCAGGUGUAAACUUUAUGGGUUAUGCUCAAUUGGCACAAAAAGGUGCUGGAAUUCAUUUAAGACAAUUCGCUCGAGCUUUUAUUAUUGGAGAUGGGACAAAAAGAGUGGCUUUCGUCAGCGUUGACGUUGGAAUGAUCGGUUACGGAUUAAGAGAGGCCGUUAUUGAAAAUUUGUCAAAAGUUUAUGGGGACACUUACAACAUUCAAAACGUGAUUAUUAGUGGAACUCACACUCACGGAACACCUGGAGGAUUUAUGCAACACUUUAUGUUUGACGUCACCGUUCUUGGAUUUGUUAAACAAACCUAUGAUGGUUACGUUGAAGGAAUUACCAGAGCUAUUACUAAGGCACACGAAAAUAUUGUUAAUGGAAAAGUUAUUCUUAAUAAUGGAAUUCUUUUGGAUAGUAACAUCAAUAGGAGUCCGGCUUCUUAUUUACAAAAUCCCGAAUCAGAAAGAUCACAAUAUGAUUACAACGUUGAUAAAGACAUGUAUCAAUUAAAAUUCGUCGAUAACUCCGACAACAUACUCGGCCUUAUUAAUUGGUUCCCGGUGCACCCAGUGUCCAUGAAUAACACCAACCACUUAAUCACCUCGGAUAACGUCGGUUACGCAGCCCUUUUAAUGGAAAAACACUUAAAUAAUAACGCAUUCCCAGGAGAGGGCAAAAUUGUUUCCGCUUUCGCGUCAACAAAUCUUGGUGACGUUUCACCAAACACGAAAGGCCCAAUUUGUAUUGAUACUGGUCUUCCAUGCGAUGAAGUAGCAAGUUCUUGUGGUGGAACUGUAACUAAUUGCAUUGCCUCAGGUCCUGGUGAAGAUAUGUUCGAAAGCACGGAAAUUAUUGCCACGAAUAUGUACACGAAGGCUUUAGAAUUAAUGUCUGGGGCAAAUGCGCGCGAAGUAACCGGAUCAGUUAAUGUUAUUCAUCAAUUUGUUGAUAUGCCGUCGCAAACCGCUCAAUACACGCUUGGAGAUGGUUCCACGAUUACCGGUAAGGGUUGUAAUUCAGCUAUGGGUUACAGUUUCGCUGCAGGAACAACAGAUGGACCUGGAGAAUUCGAUUUUGUACAAGGUAUGACUGGUGAAGGAACUUCUUUAUGGAAUAUGGUGAGAUCAAUCUUAGCGAAACCUUCACAAGAAGAUAUUGAUUGUCACGCUCCCAAACCAAUUUUAUUGGCGACGGGUCAAAUGAAAGAUCCUUAUGAGUGGCAACCUAAAAUCGUUUCGACGCAAUUGGCAAUGAUCGGAAAUGUUGCAAUCGCAGCCGUUCCCGGUGAAUUUACUACGAUGGCCGGCAGGCGAUUAAAGAACGUUAUUAAGAAUGUAAUGACAACGAAUGGUGCUGGAGCGGAAUCUACUGUUAUCCUUGCCGGAUUGUCGAAUCAUUACACCGAUUAUAUUACUACUUACGAAGAAUAUCAAUUGCAACGUUAUGAAGGUGCAUCAACAGUUUAUGGUCCACAUACACACGGAAUUUAUCUUUCGCAAUAUCAAAAAUUGGCUACCGCUUUGUUGAACGGUGGAAGUUUAGAUAGCGGACCAACCCCACAUUCUUUCGACACAUCGAAGCUUUUAAGUUUAGUUGCGCCAGUUCUUUUGGAUACACCUGAUUUGGAUAAUGAUUUUGGUACUUGCAAGACACAGCCGGCUAAAACUGCGAGUAUUGGAGAUACAGUUUCGGCUGUUUUUGUUGCUGGUCAUCCAAGAAAUGAUUUAAAACACGGUAGCACUUUCUUAACGGUUGAAAGACAAGACGGUGAUUAUUGGACGGUUGUUGCUAAUGAUGCUAUGUGGGAAACAAAGUUCAAGUGGGAACGUACUUAUUUGGCGACCCAAGAAGUAACCAUCGAAUGGACUAUUCCAGAAGGAACAUCGCCCGGAACUUACAGGAUUCGUCACUUUGGAAAAUCUAAGUCUUUGUUCGCAGCCCCGGUUGAAUACAUCGGGGUUUCAAACACUUUUCAAGUUGCUUAAUUAAGAGUUUAUUUUAGUUUUCUUAUAACUUCUUUUAUUACGACGAUUUCAAUUCUUGCCUUUUCUUUGUAAAUAAAUGUUAAAAAAAAUAGAGAAUACCAAAUAAAAAAUUGCAAUUAAAUGAAA